AAUUCUUUAUACUCUCUCUUAAUUCUGAUAUCGAUCGAUGUCUCAGGAAAACUAGAAAAGAUAACUUCGGGCAAGUGUUAUGCUUUGAUUGUCACCUGGGUGACGCAUACUCCCGUAAAAGAAUCGGAAUCGAAAUAUUAAUUUCAUCUUUUUACGCGUAAUAAGUGAAUAAUCUUUUCAUCGUGUUGUUUAUUUAGCAUUUAUUAGGGUAAUAGGACAAUCAAAAUGAGUUUUCUUGGUAAACUCUUCGGCGGGAAGAAAGAAGAAAAGGGGCCGUCGACACAUGAAGCGAUUCAGAAAUUACGUGAGACCGAGGAGUUGCUGCUUAAAAAACAGGAGUUUCUAGAAAAGAAAAUCGAAUUAGAAAUACAGACAGCUAGGAAAAAUGGCACGAAGAACAAGCGAGCGGCGAUCGCAGCCCUAAAGCGCAAGAAGCGUUACGAGAAACAACUGACACAGAUCGAUGGUACGCUCACACAGAUCGAGGCGCAGAGGGAGGCGCUGGAAGGUGCAAACACUAACGCUCAAGUGCUGAACACUAUGCGCGAUGCGGCUAAUGCUAUGAAGCUCGCGCAUAAGGAUAUCGACGUCGACAAAGUACACGACAUAAUGGACGACAUAGCGGAACAGCACGACAUUUCACGCGAGAUCACAGACGCCAUCAGCAACAAUGUCGCAUUCCCCAACGAUAUCGACGAGGAUGAACUGGAGAAGGAGCUUGAGGAGUUGGAACAGGAGGAUCUGGACAAGGAAAUGCUGGGUAUCAACGUACCGACGGACAAACUGCCCGACGUGCCCACCUCCGAGCUCGUGCACGACAAGCCCAAGCCCAGCAAGUCUAAGCAGGCUGAGGAUGACGACGAGUUGGCACAGUUGCAGUCCUGGGCUACAUAAUGCGAUGCACGCAACUCAUGUAUUUGUGAUAUCUAUAGGUAUUGUAUAGCUGCUCGCUUUGUUGAAGAAUUUGUGGGGAUAAUGGAUCUAAAGCCCUUUUUUACUGAUAAAAUAAACGUCCGUUUUUUCUCAUUAUAAGUGAAUAUAAUGAAUAUUGAACUCGAAAAAAACACUGUAUUUCGGAUGGUACGUUAAACUGUAGGUCUCGGCUGUCAUUGAACAUCCUUGGCAGUCGUUACAGAUAGUCAGAAGCCAGUAAGUCUGACACCAGUCUAACCAAGGGGUAUUGGGUUGCCCGGGUAACUGGGUUGAGGAGGUCAGAUAGGGCAGUCGCUCCUUGUAAAGCACUGGUACUCAGCUACAUCCGGUUAGACUGGAAGCCGACCCCAACAUAGUUGGGAAAAAGGCUCGGAUGAUUAACGCGAAAAAAAACAUGAUCACAAUCAAUAUGUAGGAAUUCAUAGUAAACUGUUGUUUAGAGAAAAAUAGAUGUUUAUGUUAUCGGUCAAAAUGGCUGUAACUCAAGAAAAAAAUCGAAGAAAAAUAACUAAAGUAAGAAAAUCUCAUUCAAUGCAGUCAUCACAAUAUUAUAAGAAGUUUGAAGGUUUUAUCUUAGGCAAGGAGAAAGAUACUGCUGAACGUAGGAACGAACGCCAACAUACAUAUAUACGUAUACACAGAUACAUCAUAUAUUAAUAAAAAUGAAUCAAAAGUGAUCUUAUUACAUUUGUCAUAAAGUGCUAUAUUGCAUAAACUUCCAGAUUAGAUUACGCACUGAUAAGGCGAAGAGUUUUCAUGAUUUCUAAAUAUAGGGGUUAGAUUUUAUAUAAUUGUGUGUAUAACAACUAAGAUAUUUUUACCGUAGAAUCUGGAUAGAAGGUGCUAACUAACCUAUUGUUUCGAUCUAGACAUAUAAAAAGGUACAGUAAUUGUUAGCAACAACCCGAAAAAAUAUACAAAUCCAUUAUCCCCACAAAACUCGUACAAAAUAUUGUAUAAAUAUGUAUUUAAAGCAUGUCGACUAGAACUCGCUUUCGUAUUUCAAUAGUAAAGUAAAAAUAAAAUAAAAA